AUGGUGGAGAAUCCCGAGGAUCCACCAUUGCACAAUCAUACCCUACACGACAAACUCGUUAACAUGGACGGAUUCGAAUACAUGCUACUUCCAGGACGUGAUGAGGACAUUUUUGGAAAAGUAUACACCUGCAAGAAACACGCGCUGGUCAAGUCCAAAGCGGUGGGGACAGUGUUUGUUGUUGUGAUGGACUGGUCGAAGGAGUCUAUGACCCGCUUGCACAACGCCUGCGCAAAUCAGGACAAACCAUUGCGGAACCGAGGAGAGAUCAAUGCAAAGGGGUUUUUCAUCGCACUACCAGAAUGGAAUGAUUUUGUAGUGUGGAGAACCAAGUGGGGAGCAGGAGAGGAGAAGGAUGACUUUGUGAAAUCGUGGUCUAACUCUAUAAAGGAUUAUGACAGCCAAGAGCAAUCUGGAAUGAGAGGUCUGCGUGGGGAACUGUAUGGACCGAAAGAGCAGCAUCGCCAGGGGCAUGGAGGGAGCCAACGGAACUUGGAAGGGCCUGCCGUUAACAGUAAAAGGUAUGGUCGAAGGCUGGAUGAUUUAGGAGAUUUACAGAAGAGAUUACUGGCGCGAGGCGCACAGUGUGGUGUGAGGGGUCUUGCAAAGGUGGAUGGUCAGUGGAAAGAGAACGUACGUACACAGGCGGAGGUGUCCAACUGUGCGAGGGUUGGGUGUGAUGAAAACCUGUUCUGGGCGAGUGCACAAUUGAACAUUGCAUCACUGGAUCACGUUCCAAAUGAGGUGUCGAGUGUGGUUCCAGUUAAAGGGGGAAAUGAAUUAAGAGAGAAAAGAAAGGCCCCAGGGUUAAUCCACGACAUUGGUCAAUCCGGGGGUCCCCAUAACGACGGCGGUGAUCAUGAGGGGAUGGUGUCACAUAUGAUGAACUGGUCAGAACCUAGGGCAGACGUCUACGAGGAAUACUUUACGAUAUUUGACUUGGGGUGCUGCUGGAGGCUGGAUGAGCUUUGCUCUAUCUACUUUUCCGGCCUCUAUUAUCAUAGUGGUGCCUCAGCAAUACCGAAGGAUGAUUUUGAUGGAGCAUCCACGUACACAAGGAUGACUUUGAUCAUGUAUCCAUCUGCUCGGGAACUUGAAGGUGACUCCCAGGUUGCGAUGGGUUUUAUACCCAUGGAACCACGUCAUGGUCUUCUGACAUUAAAUGUGGAGAUGAGGAACUUUGCCUCUCAUGCUUAUGCUGACCGCGGCCUGACUACCUAUGGAAAUUAUAUUGCAGAUGGGCUGUCGUUUAUGACUGAACAAUCAUAUCUCAACCACUUGUCCCGAAAUUUUCUGUGCUUUGUCACGUACAUGAUUCGUCAGGCCCCGAUGGAUGGACUGGUGCGUGUGGAUAAGGAAAAGUUCCUUUCUGCCUUCUCCAUGCGAGACGGGAAUGUGCAAAUUGGGACACAGCCUUGGGAGUUGGGGCCCGGGUGGACAGGUGACGACGUGAGGAUUGGAAAGAUCUACGAAAAUGACUUUGAUGCAAUGUCAGAAGAGGAGUGCCUUCAGUUAUGGAACUCGGACACAGGAUCUGACCUACCAUUUGGGAAUAAGGGGAUCAGGCUGCAACGAGAAGUAUGGAAGGAAUACAAGAUGCAGGCUAUGCAGGUUUUGCCCAUUUGCCACGCGUCAGGGGAAGUAGAUGAAGUGGACUCCAUUCGGCAUGGUAACUACCGCAGGAUAAUUAGGGAUCAGGCAAUGAGAAAGGCGCAAAGCAAGGUACAAAAUCAAGUUAAAAAAGCAGUCAAAGGUCAGAUCAAACGUGCAAGUUCCAAAAGGGUAAAUGUUAAGGGGAAGGUGAAGAUUGGUGUGGGUCGCAAGCAAGGGGAGCACAAUAUGGAGGAGAUAGAGGUUGACAGAGAAGAUGUGAGGGUCACGAAGGCCUCCUUAGGAGCAAGUGACGGAAAAGGAAAAAAACCUGAUGGUGUUACUGUUGGCCAACUGGUGCCCCCCCCGACUUCUGGUUCCCCCUUCAAUGCUGGUUAUCAACCUUUUGUCUCCUUCCCUGCGAUCUGA